AUGGUAGAUGAUCUUAAUGAUUUUGAAUCUGAAUUUUUAUUAAAAAGUAAUUACUACUUAGUUAAUGAAGACUCUCUUGAAGUUGCUAGAUUUUUGAACCAGACUCUCCGAUCCAAAACUAUUUCUCUUCCUAAUAUGACAAUUUCAUUUAGAAAAACUUUACCUCUUAUAGGAGCUGACACGUGCCAAAAGAUUGCGUUAGUUCUCCAAGCGUUAUCUUCAGUAAAUGCUCCUCCUAUAAUUUCAAUGAGAUUGCUUCAGGCUCUAUCAGAAAUUCCACCAUCAGGUGAUUAUAGUCAAGAUUUGCUUAUGAAUAUCGUAGUAAAGAUGUGAAGAGAAAUCGAGCCAGAUUGCUUACUGUCUCUUCAGUGAGUGAGUAAAAAUUAUGCUAGUUCACAAAGGGUUUAAGUUUUUUUUAAAUAUAUUUUAUUGCAAUUAUUAUUUCGAAUUUUAAAAGAAUCCAAACUCGCAAAAAUUGGAAAUUAGUAAAAUUAAUUUAAUUUCUAAAAUUUAUGCUUUAGAAUGCAAUCUGCUUAAAUUAACUAGAGAUUUUAUUAUAAUAAUUAUCACUCAUAUUUUAUAUUUUUAUUAUGUAAAAAAUAUUUUGCUUGCUCACAGAGGUUUUUUUCCAGAAAAUUCAAUGAUUUUGAUCUCUCACAGAGGGGAGAGUUAGGAACUUUAUUUCAUUCAUACAACAUGGAUGUACCUGCAUCAGAGUAUUUUUAACAUAGAAUUUUUAGCCAUGCAGCAAAUAUGUGGAGGAAUGGCAAUAUAGCAAAAGCAAUUAAGCUCUGCAGAGAAUUUAAUUUUUCAGUAUUUUUUAAUCAGAGCCGACUAGAAAAUGAAGAAAAUGUUAUUUUUACGCUAAUAGAUAAAGGAAAGCCUGAGCUUAUCAAGACUUUUGUUUCAAAAGACUCAGAACUUGCUAAAAAGGCUGUUAAUUCAAUGAUACCUCAUCGGGAACUUCUAAAGCAUGCAGCAGAUAUUGUUAGUGACAGCGGACUUAAUCAUGAAGACUUCCCUGAUCUUGUUAUGUAUAUGAAAAAGAGAUCACUGAGAUACCAUAUAAUGAGUGGUAAAGUAGGAAUUUAUAAUUUAGCAGAGAUUGCUUCAACUGAAACUGAUCUCUUGAAGAUUAUGAUCGAAAGUUUGGCAACUGAUUCUAAAAAGGAAAACGCAUUGUGAAUGGGUCAAGCUGCAGCAAAUCUGGUAGAUGCCUAUCCAGAAGUUGCGCCUUUAUUAAGCCAAGAAGUAUAUCGAGAUUUAACACAAAUUCUGCCCAAUAAAAACCGAUUACCAGAUUAUUUUGGCCCUUUACAGCCUGAAAUAAGUUUAUCUCUGAGGCUUUCUCAGGACAGUAUUUUCUUUAUUGAUAGCGAGGAGCUGCUCCUUGAAAUAAAUUUGCAGGGUGAGAUUGUUGGAUUAGAUAGCGAGUGAAAGCCAACUUUAGUAAAUAUCAAUCCUCAAGUUGCGCUAUUACAAAUAGGGUUUGAAGACAGAGUAUAUUUGAUAGAUAUGAUUAAGUUGGGUUCAAGCCCCGCUUUAGAUUCAAAGCUGACUGAAAUGUUUUCAAAUCCAAAUAUUUUGAAGCUUGGAAUUGCAUUUGAUGGUGAUAUGAAAAAUUUGAAAAAAAGUUAUCGAAACUCAGAAUGCUUUAAAAGUAGCAUUAACAAUUAUGUUGAUCUCUUGGAUUACUAUAAGGAAAUUUACAAUGAAAUUCCAGGUGGGCUUGCUGGACUCUGCGAACUUGUAUUGGAUACCCACUUAUGUAAAGCUCAACAAAUGUCUAAUUGAGAAAGAAGGCCAUUAAGGCUAGCCCAAAUGCAUUAUGCAUCACUUGAUGCCUUUGUACUUAUUGAUAUCUACAAAGAGCUCAGAAACAAAUCCAAAGCAAACGAUACACAAUUAAAAGUCUUAUUUGAGCAUUCCUGCAAAAACUGCCGCAGCAAGCUUCACCAAACUGACGAUUGUCCAAAAGGUUCAAAAUGCAAGCUUUGCCAAAGAUUUGGUCACAUAGAAAGUGAAUGUCCAAAUUAA